UCUUUUGACAUUUGUGUUGAGGUGACGUGUGUAAUGUCAAUUUUCUGUCGAUUGUGAUUUUGGUUUUCGCCGAAUACAAUAUCCACAAAAAUAUGGAAUUAUUUAGGAUUUCAUCAGUUUUAUCAUUGUUCCUAUUGUUGGACUUGACUUCGGCUUUGUAUUUCCACAUAGCUGAAGGGGAAAGGAAAUGUUUCAUUGAAGAAAUACCCGAUGACACUUCAGUAAUAGUAAACUACAAGGUGGAGUUGUACGACCCCCGGUCGGGCGGGUUUAUGCCGUCGACUCCUGGCAUCGGCAUGCACGUGGAAGUGAGGGACAGCAACGACCGGGUGGUGCUGUCGCGCGUGUACUCGUCAGAAGGCAUGAUCUCUUUCACAUCAAAUGUCCCGGGAGAGCACGUCAUCUGCAUGUACUCCAAUAGCACGUCUUGGUUCAGUGGAUCACAGUUGAGAGUCCACUUGGACAUCCAAGUCGGUGAGCACGCGGUGGACUAUGCCAAUGUGGCACAAAAGGACAAGCUGACGGAGCUGCAGCUGAGGAUACGUCAGCUUCUGGACCAGGUGCACCAGAUCACUAAGGAGCAGAGCUACCAAAGGCAUCGUGAAGAACGUUUCAGACAAACUUCAGAAAGCACAAACCAGAGAGUCCUCUGGUGGAGUUUACUUCAGACCGGUGUGCUCGUUGGCAUUGGCUACUGGCAGAUGAGACAUCUCAAGAGUUUCUUCGAGGCUAAGAAAUUAGUGUAAACAAAACUUCAUUGUUUUACAUUGUAUUUUUCAUUUUCAGUUCACUUUUCUGUUCUAAGUAGUUUAAUACAAACAAUUUUUGAUAGUUUUGUUGUCCUGUUGUGUAUUGUGAAUGAUCUGUAUAUUUUUCAAUAAAACUAAAUUAUUCCACAAGUACAUUAUUUAUUCAAAUUGACACAGCAAAAGUUGUAAGUAAGUAAGAUUUUAUCUUAUUUUAAUAAUAAACAAAACAAAAAAACUAUAUACAUCUUUGUAUUCAAAAUUUCAGCGAAUUGCAGUCCUGCUGGACUUAUGACCUGCUUUUUUAUCCAACUAACUGUUUUUUGUGUGCAAUAAAGAUUUUAAAUAAAUAAAAAUAUAAGUAAUAUGGAAUGAAGCACAUCACAUUAAUAGUUUAUUGUAUUCUAUUU